AUGUUAUCCGAAAUUAUCAACUAGAAAUAAUAAUACAUAAAAUCUGAUACAAUAACUUUGAGUGAUUUUGGGAUUCAAACAAUAGGAUAUUCUAAUACAUUUAAGAACAUAACAAAGUUACAUCUCACAGGAAACAAAAUAGUGAAAUUAGAUGGAUUAGAAUAAUUUACGAACCUACAAUACUUAAAUUUGUCCAACAACCAGAUUGAAAGUAUUAAGGAAUUCUAACAUGUUCCAUAGUCAAUAUAGUGCUUGUUUGUAGCAGGAAAUCCAUUUACAGCCAACUUGAAUUAUGGUUAUUCUUUGAUGUGCAUUCUUAUGAAUUUGUAAUAGUUGGACAAUGACAAAAUAAACAGACAGCUGACUUAAGAAUACUAGAUUAAGAUGCAGACUUAUGGUUUUCCUGUGUUAGCAUACUUUGUGCAUUUUAACAAUAAAUAAUUAACUCCUAUAUUUAACAAUAGAUCAAUAACUUACAUAUAGAAACUUUUGAUGAUAAUAGAUUUAUUAGUAAAUGAAAAUAAAGAAGAAAUACAAGGUUUAAGUCAAUAAUUACAGAACCCAUAAUUUCAAAAAUCAAUAGCAGAUACUAUUUUGAAGCAUAUCUGUAAAUUCGAAAGAGAUUAAUUCAAAAAUAAUAACAUUAAUGCUUUCUUUGCUAAUCAAGCCAUGUAAUCCUAAAACACAGAUCUCUAGAAAUUUGCAGAUGAUGAAGGAUAUUACCAAUAAGAAAUUCUUCAGGCCUUCAUUUCUUAUGAAGAUGUGCAAUAGUUCCCAACCUUCUCUUUAAAUUAGGCUUAUAAUCUCGGGAUCCUGGAUUUCAUUUAUCAAAGUACUUUGACUCAAAACACUACAUUUAGACCUUAAGAAGACAGAGUAAAAUAAUAUAUAGAACCCCCACAAUCUAAUUUUUCAUUAAUUAACAAAAGCAAUGGCAGCAUUUAGAAAAGCAUACUUAAACCUACUAGUUAUUCAGUGUCUACUUAAUCAAAAUUUGAUGAGUGCACUUAAGAAUAUCUUAACAAUUAUAAAAAAUAAUAUCCAUUUUUGAAGGGAUUGGAAUAACUAAAGAAAAGUUUACAGAAACAUUAUUUCUAAGAAUUCAAGUAGAAAUUGAAAAGGAAAAUAAAUAGAAUACAUCAAUAAUGCAUAGCUGAAAUUAUAUUAAAGAUACUUAAUCAAGAUAGCUUUGUAAUAGAUAAAGAAAAAAUCGAAAAUAUCUAAUAUGGUAAACAUUCUGCAAUUGUAGAGAAACCAUUAGUAAUUGUUAUCUAUCAAGCACAUUAAGAGUGUUGUGUAUGUAUAAAAGAAUAUGGCAAAAUUGUAAAGAUAGACAUAUUUAAAACGAGCCGUAUUUAGACAUCUGAAUCCAAAGGUAAGGUAUGGAAAGAUGGCUAAAAAGCUGUAAUUAAAGUUGCUAAUCUUAAAAGUAAAUGGUGUUUUGAGAGAAGCUUUGAAAUAAAUGAAGAUCACAGCUUUAGCAUUUAAAGUAGAGAUAAGGAAGGAUUUGGCAUUUAAAGUAACAUUAAAGAAGGAAAAGAAAUAGGAAUCGCGUGCUUUAGAGAAUUUUAGAAAACUAAGAGAGUUGGGUAAUACUUAAUAUUGAUAAAUAAUUAAAUAAUGUAUUCAAUUACAGCUCGUUUUAAUUAAAUCGUGUUCUUCACGUCGUGGACCUUAGUCGUGUUGUCUUUGCUCAAUUAGGGAACAGCAUAUUUCUUUAAGACUGGAAAGCCAACAGUAGAUCUCAAGAUUUUGAGUGCAGAUAAAUUCCAUCAUUACAAGGCAACUUAUUACAAUGGUGGAGCAACCGAUUGGGAUUAGGUGACCUUUAAAUUUUCCUUGGAAGCAGAUUUCGAGCCAGUGUAUAAUUGGAAUUUGAAGCAAUUAUUUUUAUAUGUGAAUGUGCAUCAUGAGCAUUAGGUGAAAGGAUACGAAUCAGAUUGUGUGAUUUAUGAUAAAAUCAUUUCUAGACCAGAUGACCCCAGCAGUUGGAGUACUUCAUCUAAGCUCCUUUUGAAAAAUCAAAGAGCCGAAUAUCCACUCAAAGAUAUUCAUAAAUAAUUGCGCAAUGCAACAGUGAAUUUUGAAGUCUGGAUAGAGGUUAUGCCAUACGUUGGGUAUAUAAGGAGGGAGAAACUGGGUGAUUUCGAAUAUAAAAUGCCUUAAUAGUAUAAUUGAGAUGUGUAAUUUAUAUUUUUAACAAUCACA